UCCUCUGGAUAUAGCAGCUAAACAAAGUUGGUAGUAAACUCUUUGGAGUUUGGUUAGAGUCACUAUUUUUUCUUUGCUUGUGAGAGUGGACUGCACUGAAGCUUGGGAUCGAGCCGUGCCGGGGUUCGGGCUUGGACCAUCCGUUCAGCGGCUUCAAGCUCGGCGAAAGUUUUCUGUCCAGAUCUGAAGUUUUUGAGAAGACGCUCAGCAGCUGCUACCCGAGCCAGGCGUCGACACACCUGGGCGAGCGGAUAGAGAGCCACUGAGAAGACCUCCAAGAGACGCUGUCAAAAUCCCUCUUUGAUACAGACAUGACAGUGUGUCUGAUGCACUAAAGCCUACAACAGCUCUCCAGAGGGGGUUCAUAGAAACAUCAAAAGAUCUGAGACAAGUGCAGUAACUUGCAACAAAGAAGAAACGACCUGGUCCAACCAGCAAUUACAGAAACAAGAACAAAACCAUCCUUGAUCCAAGCCGACCAAAUGGCGUGGUCAGCUCUUACCGGCCCUUGUGUGGCCCUCGUGCUACUCUUCUUCGGUUUGACCUCCUGCACUCCCUCCGGACCGGCCUCCCCUACUUGCGCUACCCUGGAACAAAGUCGCUUCUUCGGUGUUUUCUCCUCUACGACCACCCUGCCCUCCACACCCUGUUCCUGGACCCUGCAGAACCCUGACCCUCGCCGCUACACCGUCUACAUGAAAAUCACCAAGCCGACCGACACCUGCGUACCCCGCCAGAUCAGAACCUUCCAGUUCGACUCCUUCAUCGAGACCUCCCGUACCUACCUGGGCAUGGAGAGCUUCGACGAGGUCGUCAGGCUGUGUGACGCAUCCACCACUGUCACCUACCUUGAGUCCAGCAAGCAGUUCCUGCAGAUCCGCAAGGUGGCAGCGAGGAAUGGCGUGGAGAUGUUGGAGGGGCAGAAUGAAGUCAGUGAGUUCAAGGCUGAGUUUCUAGUCGUGGGGAAAAGGAACCCGAGCAUGCCCGCCUGCCAGAUGUUGUGCCAGUGGCUGGAGAAGUGUCUGUCCAGUAGCACCCAUGAUUAUCCCUGCGGCAUCAUGAACACACCCUGCCAGUGCUGGGAGGCCCCUAAGAGGAAGCCAGGAAGCUGCUACAGGGGCGGAGUCUACGUUGAGAAAUGCCUUCCUGUUCCCAAAGACAACGGACGCGAUGCUGAGAUUAUCAAGGGCUGGGCUGGCUGGGGCCGCUGGUCUGUGUGCAGCCAGGAGUGUGGCGGUGGAGUCCAGGUGCGCAGCCGAGCCUGCCAGCCCGAGGAUGUUGUGUGCGAGGGAACAGUUGAAGAAGGACGGGCCUGCAACCCUCAGCCCUGCAUUGGCAAAGAGCGCAACAGGAGCCAGGGUCUGAGAGCCAUCGUUGGUUUGAAGAGAGACAAUGCUGAUGAUGCUAACCAUGGAAUUGUUGCAACCCAAACAGUAGAUGCUAAGACAGAUGAGUGGUCCACCUGGAGCGCAUGCUCAGUCACCUGUGGAGAGGGCGGGCAGAGCCGCACCCGCGUCUGCGCCACUUCCUCCUUCACAACCCAGUGCACCGGCCCCUUGCGUGAGAACCGGCCCUGCAACAACACCGCCGUCUGCCCUGUGGAUGGUGCUUGGGAUGAGUGGACCCCCUGGAGCCUGUGCUCCUCCACAUGUGGCCGUGGUUAUCGUGACCGUACCCGUACAUGCAAGGCACCCCAGAAUGGAGGAGAGCCUUGCCGCGGCCCCUCAAGACAAACCAAGUUCUGCAACAUCGCUGUCUGUCCAGUGGACGGUACCUGGAAUGAGUGGUCUACCUGGAGCCCAUGCACUGCUACCUGCUCUAAUGGCACCAUGCAGAGAGUCCGGGAGUGCAACGGGCCAUCAUAUGGGGGUUCUGAGUGCCAUGGUAGCUGGAAAGAGACGAUCAACUGCUUCCUGAAAGAAUGCCCCGUUGAUGGUCGCUGGCAUGCGUGGAGCUCUUGGGGAAGUUGCAGCAAGACCUGUGGUGGAGGCAUCCAGCAGAGACAGAGAGUGUGUGAAGGGCCUUUCUUUGGUGGAGAGCCUUGCCCCGGUGAAAAAGGAGAGCAGAAGCGUUGCAAUGAGAAGAGAUGCCCUGAGCCCCAUGAGAUCUGCCCUGAGGAGAGCACUGGAGAUGUUGUGUGGAAGAAAACCCCCGCUGGAGACAUGGCUGCCAUCGCCUGCCCUGCUGAUGCUGCCGGUCUGAUUCUGCGCCGCUGCACUCUGGACGCUGUAGGUCUUGCCUCCUGGGAAAACCCGACUCACAUCAAAUGUGUUUCCAAGAACUAUGAGAACAUUCAGAUGCUGUCAAGGGACUACAACUCUAAGGCGCAGAUGGGGCAGAGCGUGGAUGGGGUCGCUGAGGUGAUUUCCCGCCUCAGAUUCUCCUCCGAUGAAGGGGCCAAGUAUAGCGGCGACCUCGUGGCCAUCAUGGAAAUUCUGAAAAACACAACUGAGCUGUACAAGGGAACCCGGCUGAGAUUGAGCAACGCUGACGUUGAGAACUACGUCCAGACAAUCAGCAACUUACUGAAGGAGGAACAUCGUGAAAAAUGGGAAGAGGCCCAGCUGAUGGGUCCAAACAUCAAGGAGUUCCUCCGACUUGUCGAGGACUUUGUGAACAUGAUCGGCAUGCAGAUGAGCGGCUUUCAGGACAUUUAUGAAGUCACUGAGAAUUUAGUGUUGAGCAUCCACAAGCGCCCAACAACCACAAGCUCCAACUUCACCUUCCCUGUUAAAGGCUGGAGGGGCAUGCUGGACUGGGUCAGGACGUCAGAGGAGAAGAUCUCUGUGUCCCGUGAUGCUCUCUCCAUCGAACAAACUGACGGCAACGAUGCUUUUGUGACUGGCAUCGUCCUCUACAGAAACCUCGCCUCUUUGCUGUCCUUCCAGAGUAACACCUCCCUCCUGAACUCCAAAGUGGUGACAGUGAUCGUCAAGCCCACCCCUGCUCUCCUGUCCUCCCCCGUUGAGAUCGAGUUCCCCCACCUCCAAAAUGGCACCAUGAAUGAGACAUGCCUCUCAUGGGACGAGAGCGAUGCUUCCUCUCUGCUCGGGUCUUGGUCUGCUCGGAGCUGCAGAGCGGUCCCCGUUCAUUCAUUCAGAACCAAAUGCGUGUGUGACAGCCUCUCCACCUUCGCCAUUUUAGCGCGCGUCAACUUCGACACGAUGAUGGACAAGGCACUGCUCCCGUCCGUGACUCUCAUCGUUGGCUGUGGGGUCUCCUCUCUCACCCUGCUGCUCCUCAUCAUCAUCUACGUCUCCGUGUGGAAGUACAUCCGCUCCGAGCGCUCCGUUAUCCUCAUCAACUUCUGCCUCUCCAUCAUAUGCUCCAAUGCCCUCAUUCUCGUCGGACAAACUCAGGCUCGCAACAAGGUGGUGUGCACUCUCGUUGCUGCUCUCCUGCACUUCUUUUUCCUCUCCUCUUUCUGCUGGGUGCUGACAGAAGCUUGGCAGUCCUACAUGGCUGUCACUGGUCGUCUGCGCAACCGCAUCAUCCGCAAGCGCUUCUUGUGUUUGGGCUGGGGCCUUCCUGCGCUGGUGGUGGCUGUGUCUGUGGGUUUCACAAAGGCUAAAGGAUAUGGCACUGUCAACUACUGCUGGCUGUCUCUUGAGGGCGGACUCCUCUACUCCUUUGUUGGCCCUGCUGCAGCUGUUGUUUUGGUGAAUAUGGUCAUUGGUAUUCUGGUCUUCAACAAGCUGGUAUCCAAGGACGGCAUCACCGACGUGAAGCUGAAGGAGAGAGCCGGAGCAUCACUCUGGAGCUCCUGUGUGGUUCUGCCCCUCUUGGCGCUCACAUGGAUGUCUGCCGUGCUGGCCAUCACCGACCGCCGCUCUGCCCUCUUCCAGAUCCUGUUCGCCGUCUUUGACUCUCUGGAGGGUUUCAUCAUUGUCAUGGUUCACUGCAUUCUGCGUAGAGAGGUUCAAGAAGCUGUAAAGUGCAGAGUGGUCGACCGCAAGGACGACGGCAAUGGAGACUCUGGCAGUUCCCUCCACAAUGGCCACACCCAGCAUAUGCAGUCUGAUAACGAAAAGGACGGAGAUUCAAGCCGACAAGGAAUGAAGAGCUCCUCUGAGGAGAAGAUGCCUCCUCCUCAGCUGCCUCUCCCCAUGGGCUCCAACUUCCACACCCUGCCAUCCAACCCCAACAAGAGCCACAUGCAGGCCGUCCCCGAAUACUCCAGCCACACCCUCACCCUGAAGAGAGAGAAGAGCCGCCUGGCCGGAGGAGUCGACCCAUCCUGCGGGAAACCCGUGUAUGUCUGUGAGGGGGAACUCUUCAAGCAGCUAGAUGCCGAUCUCGCUCGCGCUCAGGCAGAAGGAACCUUGUCCGAUGGCAGCAGCUACGUCCUCAUGCCCAACACCACCUCAACCCUGAGGUCCAAACCCAAGGACGACCCAACGAAGUAUAACAUCAGCGUGGAGCAGCUACCACAGGCCAGACUCAUGCACCUCAGCGGGCCCUUCGCCGAGCCGCAGGCCGCCUUCGGGAUGAAGUCGAUCCCUCUGGACCAGGUCAGCGUGUCGUACUCCGAGAGGGACUCACCAAUUCAGAACAUCCACAACAUGUCCAGCGAGUCUCACAUCACCCACAGCAGCCUGGAGAACACCUUUGAGUCCAUGAACUCAAUGAUGUCCAAGAGUGAGACCAUCUCUACACUGUCCAUGAGCUCCUUGGAGAGGCAGAAAUCUCGUUACGCUGAGUUGGACUUUGAGAAAAUAAUGCACACAAAGAAACGCCACCAGAACAUGUUCCAGGACCUGAACAGGAAGCUACAUCACGCUGAGAAAGACAGGGAGUCGCCUGCUUCUGACAGCAAGUCUGUGAGAUGGAGUGUGUCUUCAGGAGGAAGUGACAAAACGAACCACAGUGACAAACAGCAGGGCACGAUGGAGAGGCCGUGGGAGGGAGUCCGCGGAAUACAGCAGUCGCCCCCCGCGUGGGUGCGCAAAGACCUGGAGCCCCUCGCUGCCUCGCCUCUGGAGCUGCACUCUGUGGAGUGGGAAAAGGCCGGCACCACCAUCCCUCUGGUGGGGCAGGACAUCAUCGACCUGCAGACGGAGGUCUGAGGGGGAGGAGGGGGGCUAGAGAAGCCACCUGAUUUCACCUCGUUCACCUUUUUGGUUUGGGAAUGGGAUCCUGAAUGGAUAGAGUAGAGGAAACCAGGAGGAAGUGAGAGAGUAAGUCCCAGAAUCAGUGUCUUCAAACCCUCAACCAGAGCAGGAAGAGAAGAAAGAGGAGUGAUGGAGGAGAGGAUGUGGUGGUGAUGGGAUGUUUAAUGUAGCUUCUCUGUGUGGACUUAAAGCAUCUCGUGUCAGAGUGCUCUGUAGGUAGGUGGAGGGUAAGUGGAGCGGACGGUGGUUUCCACGGACCAGGACUGGCUGUGGUUCCAUUAACGCUUCACUGGGAGCUUCCUGAACUCCUGGUUCAGAAGAUGUGGUCAACAUGUCUGUGCUUCUUUUUUCCUUCAACUCAACUUUGGAGAAAAAUGAGAUAAUAUAUCGCGGUGUGUCCUCCCGGCUUCUCGGGAGGAACAGCCGGAACUCUUGGCUCUUUCAGCCGAGUUAACUUCCAAAAUAGAACAAGGCGAGAAAGCAUAAGAGACCAGAUUCAUGCUUGGAGUCCAACACUUUGGUAGAUGGGCGCACACAUUUUGUUUUUCUGGGAUUUUUUUUUCUUCUGUUUUUGUGGUUUUUUUGCUUCACACCUGGAACUGCUUCAAAGCUUCUAAAAUGAGACUCUUCCAAGAGACUAUAACUCCUCUACAGGCUUAAUCACACAAAUAAAGCUUCUCACUGCUUUCGUUAUUAUUAUUCUGAUGAUUAUUGUCAGUGCUAUGAUUUCAGUAUUAUUGAGUUUAGAACUUACAUUCUGAUUUGAUCAUCCCCCUCAUUUCUGUCAGGCACAAAAUUAUUAUUUUGUGUUGUGACCUACAACAUUUGGCUCCAAAAAUUGCAUCUUUACUGUGUUGUGAGCCCAUAUGGACUGCAUUGGGACAAACAUACUGAGUGGUGAUGGAGGUGCUUGUAGUGUCCUGGCUGUGUCCAGCGUUCUGAUACCAAAACACCAGCACCAGGAUGAACACAGACUCUCAUGCAGGAAGAGCAGUGCACUCUGGGAAAACGCUGGGUGGAAAUGUUAAGAGGUCGGUGGGGAGAUACCGCCCCUCUCAGCUGGCACAAGAUGCAGGCUUUUCCAUGUCGUACAUGUGGAUUCAAGGGGUCAACGAGACCUUUCAUCAUCGCCCUUUUGUUUCUCAGCCUUGCAGGACUCUUGGACCGAGCAAGAGGCUCCCGGCGCUGAUGUGACUUCCAAUGCGGCGCCGGGUCCUCGAGACUUCAACACAUUUGUGUUUCUAGCCAUCAGUGUGAAAUAGUGCAAUAUGAUGGGCGCUUGAUGCUCAAGCAAGACUGAUAUUAUGAUUUAGGCAGAAUCUUUUCUUACCAAUGUUUCAAAACUUUUAUACCAUCUUCCUCAUAUUUACAGAGCAUAUAGAUGCUUUAUGGGAAUAUUGUAUGACAAAUCUGUAUUAGUAAUUCAAGGAAUUUAUUCACUAGAGAUUUGUUAGCGCAAGACUCCAUAUUUGGAGCUCUCUGUGACAGGUAGAUAAUUGUACUUCUAUAAAGCAAACAUUACGUAGGAUGAAUGAUAACCUAUGAAUAUCUGUGCUUCAGGAUAUCUUUGCGAUUACUCUCCGCUGUUAAGCAGAGAGUAAUUAAUCCUCAUGUCUUCUGUAACUGUGUUUUUGAUAACCUUGUCAGUAACUCAAUAGUAUGUACCACCAGCCAAAUUCCCCGUCCCUUUGAACCCUCGGCCCGAUUCAUACCUCGAGUUACUUGUACUGAAUACCCAUUUGUAUUUUCUUGUCACAGCUCUGUUUAUUAUGUUCUGUUUUACCUCCUGUAAAUGUACAGUUU